CCAUCAAUCACAAUUAUUUAACAAAGAGAAUGCAAUCAAUUUGAUUGGUUGAAAAUACAACAGGGUGUGUUUGUGGAAUUUGAUAUUGCGAUCAAUUGUAAACAAAUUUAUAAAAAAAAAAAAAAAAAUGUUUUUGUGUUCUAUUAACACAAUAAUUUUUUAAAUUUCUAUAAAAAUUACACGUUCUCUUAAUUCAUUCAAGAGAUAAUAUUUUUCAAUUCUGUAGGUGAUGUUUGUUUUUAAAUAAUGUGUGAAAAUUAAAAAAAAAAAGAUGUCAGGAAUAUUCUAAAAAAAGAGAAUUCAAAAAUUCUCUAGCGAUGUAAAUUGUUUUGGAUAAAUUAAAAAAAAAAAAAAAAAAAUUCAAAAUGUCAAGUACAGUUCAACAAUACGUUCAGCGUUUAAAAUCACGUCAUGAAGAAGUGCGCAAUGAAGCGGCACGUAAACUUUCUGUUUAUGUUAAAACAGAACUUCGUGAGGCAUCACAAGAAGAAUUCACAGCAUUUAUGGAUGAAUUUAAUCAUCAUAUUUUUGAAAUGGUUUCAGGUUCCGAUAUGAAUGAGAAAAAAGGUGGAAUUCUAGCGAUUAUUUGUUUAAUUGAUGCCGAUGUUGGAAGUAUUAAUACACGAACAAUAAGAUUUGCUAAUUAUUUACGACAUCUUUUACCAUCGAGUGAUGUUGGUGUUAUGGAACUUGCGGCAAAAACAGUUGGUAAAUUGGCACUUGUUUCAGGAACGUAUACAGCGGCUUAUGUUGAAUUUGAAGUAAAACGUGCAUUUGAAUGGCUUGGUGGUGAUCGUAAUGAAGGUAAACGACAAGCGGCUGUUCUUGUAUUAAAAGAAUUGGCAGUAUCGAUGCCAACAUAUUUUUUUCAACAAGUUACACCAUUUUUUGAAGUUAUUUUCAAUGCCGUACGUGAUAUGAAAGCAGUUAUACGAGAAGGUGCUGUUGAAGCAUUACGUGCAGCAUUAGUUGUGACAGCUCAACGUGAAACAGCAAAACAAAUGCACAAAUCCCAAUGGUAUAAACAAUGUUACGAUGAAAUUUGUUCUGGAUUUGAGGAUGUUUCAUUUAGAGAGAGAAAUUUUAAUCGUGAUGAUCGAAUUCAUGGUUCGUUACUUGUUUUAAAUGAAUUAUUGCGAUGUAGUAAUAUUGAAUGGGAACGUGACUAUGAGGCUUUAAUGGAGAAAUUAAAUUGUUCACCACAAAAAAAGGAGAAUGAUAUAUUUCUCAUGAUGCCACAUUUAAAAUCGAAUCUUGUUUCAAAAUGGUCUGUGUCAAAGAAUGUUUUAAAUACACAAAGUUCACAUCAUCCAACACAUGAAUCGGCAGCGUGUCGUAGUUUAAUGCUGGAGAAAUUGGAUGAUAUUAGCGAUGAAGUUAUGAAUCAGAGAAUAUCACGUAAUCCACAUAUUCAACAUGCGUUAAUGAAUCUUUUGCCAAGACUUGCUGCAUUUAAUAGGGAAAAAUUUGUUCAAAGUAAUCUUAGAGAUUGUCUUGCUUAUCUUUUAAUGACAUUGAAGGGAAGAGAGAAGGAUAGAGCGGCAGCGUUUACGACAAUUGGUUUGAUAGCAGUUGCUGUUGGUGAUCCAAUAAAACCCUAUUUGGGAAGAAUUAUGGAGACUAUUAAGAGUUCAUUGCCAUCAAAGGAGAUGUCGAAUAAAAAACGAAUUGCACUUGAGCCAGCGGUUUUUAUUUGUAUAACACUUUUGGGACAUGCUGUUAAGCAGACAAUUUCAGCUGAUGUUAAGGAUAUUCUUGAGUCAAUGUUAGCUACUGGAUUGAGUCCAAUUUUAACAACGUCAUUACGUGAACUUGCACACGAUGUACCAUCAUUGAAAGCUGAUAUUUCACAAGGUUUGUUACGAAUGCUUUCACAGGUUUUGAUGCAUAAACCAUUGAGACAUCCAGGUGCUCCAUGGAGUGCGAGUAGUCCAAAUUUAUCUCAACAAUCGGAAGUUGAUGUAUCGUCAACGGUACUUGCAUUAAGAACAUUGGGUACUUUUGAUUUUGAUGAGAAUCCAUUAUUACAAUUUGUGAAACGUUGCGCUGAUCAUUUUCUUACUUCGGAACAGGCGGAAGUGAGGCUCGAGGCAGUGAGAACAUGUUCAAGACUUUUGCGACUCUCAUUGAAUCAACCAGGACAUACAGUGACAACAACUGUUUCUUCAGUGGUACGAAAACUUCUCGAUGUUGGAAUUAUUGAUCCAGAUCCUGAUGUUCGAUUUUGGGUUUUGGCAUCACUUGACGAAUCGUUUGACAGUCAUCUUGCUCAAGCUGAAAGUUUAUCGGCACUUUUUGUUGGGAUGAAUGAUGAAAUUUUUGAAAUACGUGAAAUUGCCAGUAGGACAAUUGGAAGGCUGAGUAUAAUGAAUCCGGCCUAUGUGAUGCCGUCCUUGAGAAAAACGUUGAUUCAAUUGCUCACUGAAUUGGAAUAUUCUGGAAUGGGUAGAAAUAAAGAGCAAGCUGCAAGAAUGCUUGAUCAUUUAGUGGUGAGUGCACCGAGAUUAAUUCGUCCCUAUAUGGAACCAAUGCUCAAGGUAUUGGUACCAAAAUUAAAAGAACCAGAACCAAAUCCAGGUGUUAUUUUAGCAAUUUUGAAAGCAAUUGGCGAUUUGGCUGAGGUUAGCGGUGCUGAAAUGCAACAAUGGCUUCCGGAAUUAUUGUCAAUUUUAUUAGAAAUGUUGGUGGAUGCAAGCUCACCAGAGAAACGUGGUGUCGCUCUAUGGGUUUUGGGUCAAUUGGUAGGAAGUACUGGUUAUGUGGUGAAACCUUAUAUGCAAUAUCCAACUUUAUUGGAUGUUUUGAUAAAUUUUUUAAAAACAGAACAACAAACACAUAUUCGUAGAGAAACAAUAAGAGUUCUUGGUUUAUUAGGGGCACUUGAUCCCUAUAAACAUAAAAUGAAUUUAGGUCAAAUUGAUUCACAAUUAGAUACAUUGACAUCAAUGGCCGAUAUAAAAAGUGAUGCCGAAAUGAAUCAGGAUUUAACGACAAGUGAAAUGCUCGUUAAUAUGUCAUCGUCAACAUUAGAAGAAUAUUAUCCAGCAAUUGCUAUUGCAACAUUGAUGAGAAUUAUUCGUGAUCCAACACUUUCACAACAUCAUACAAUGGUUGUUCAGGCUGUGACUUUUAUAUUCAAAAGUUUGGGAAUUAAAUGCGUUCCCUAUAUAUCACAAGUGAUGCCAAGUUUUUUGAAUGUUGUUAGAACGGCCGAUAUUACAUUUCGUGAAUAUUUAUUUCAACAAUUGGCAAUUUUAAUUGCUAUCGUUAAGCAACAUAUAAGAAAUUAUCUCGAUGAUAUUUUUGUUCUUAUUAAAGAAUUUUGGACUGUUAAUAGUCCAUUACAAAGUACAUUGAUAUUACUCGUUGAACAUAUUGCCGUUGCAUUGGGUUCUGAAUUUAAAAUUUAUAUUCCACAAUUGAUACCACAAAUUCUUAAGGUUUUAAAUCAUGAUCCAAGUAAAGAUCGUACAGUUACUGUGAAACUUCUUCAGGCAUUGCAGAAAUUUGGAAAUAAUUUGGAUAAUUAUCUUCAUUUGGUGCUUCCACCGAUAGUGAAAUUAUUUUGUGCUACGGAUUGUCCAAUUAUUGUGAAUAGAGUUGCAUUAGAAACAAUUGAUCAUUUGUCUGAUUGUUUAGAUUUCACUGAUUUUUCAUCAAGAAUUAUUCAUCCAUUAGUACGUGUACUCGAUCAAUUUCCUGAUCUUCGUGAUACGGCAAUGGAUACACUUUGUGCUAUUAUCAUUCAAUUGGGUAAAAAGUAUAAAAUUUUUAUUCUUAUGGUACAAAAAGUGAUAAUUAAACAUAAAAUUUCAAAUACACGUUACGAAUGGCUUGUACAUAAAAUUGAUAUUGAAUCAUCGGUUGUCGAUACGGAAGAUUAUCUUCUUAUAAAGCAACGACAAUCGAAAAAUAAAAAUAGAGAUAUGUCACUAACUUCUUCUGAUACAACAACAAUUAAACGAUUACAUGUUGAUGCUUCAAAUCUUCAAAAAGCAUGGACCGCAACAAGAAGAGUAUCAAAGGACGAUUGGCUUGAGUGGAUUAAAAGUUUAUCAAUUGGUUUAUUAAAAGAAUCACCAUCACCUGCUUUAAGAUCAUGUUGGGCAUUGGCACAAACAUAUUCUCAAUUACCACGUGAUCUUUUUAAUGCUGCUUUUGUUUCAUGUUGGUCUGAAUUAAAUGAAAGUUAUCGCUCUGAAUUAAUUCAAACAUUACAGCAAGCAUUAAUGGUUCCCGAUUUACCGGAAAUAACACAAACAAUUUUAAAUUUAGCUGAAUUUAUGGAACACUGUGACAAGGGACCACUUCCUUUGGAUAAUAAAAUUUUAGGCGAAAGAGCAAUGCAUUGUCGUGCAUAUGCAAAGGCACUUCAUUACAAGGAAGAUGAAUUUCACAAGAGUAAAAAUAAAAAUGAUACAGAGAGAGAUGGAAAGAAUAAUGAUUCAAAGAGUAAUGUUUUUGAAUCAUUAAUAUCGAUUAAUAAUAAACUUCAACAAAAAGAAGCUGCUGAGGGUCUUCUUGAGUAUGUAAUGAAUCAACAUAGUCAACCUGAUUUGAAAGUACAAGUGAGAUGGUAUGAGAAAUUACAUAAUUGGGAUAAGGCACUACAACUUUAUAAUGAGAGACUUGAAAUUGAUUCAAAUGAUGUUGAAUCAACAUUAGGUGAAAUGAGAUGUCUUGAGGCAUUAGGUGAAUGGGGACAAUUACAUGAGGUGGCAAUGAAACAAUGGUUAAAUCAAAGUGAAGAAACAAAACAAAGAAUGGCAAGAAUGGCAGCAGCAGCAGCCUGGGGUCUUAAUCAAUGGGAGAGUAUGCAAAAAUAUGUGUCAUUAAUAUCAAAAGAUACUCAAGAUGGUGCAUUUUAUCGUGCUGUAUUGGCAAUUCACGAUGAGAGAUAUGAUAUUGCUCAUGAAUUAAUUGAAAGCGCAAGAGAUUUACUUGAUACAGAAUUAACGGCAAUGGCAGGUGAAAGUUAUCAACGUGCUUAUAAUGCAAUGGUUGAAGUGCAAAAAUUAGCUGAAUUAGAAGAAGUAAUACAAUUUAAAUUGGUACCCGAGAGAAGAUCAACAAUCAAAAGUAUGUGGUGGGAAAGACUUCAAGGUGGUCAACGUAUUGUUGAAGAUUGGCAAAAAAUAAUACAAGUUCAUACACUCGUUGUUUCGCCACAAGAUGAUAUGUAUACAUGGUUAAAAUAUGCGAGCCUCUGUAGAAAGAGUGGAAAUCUUAUGUUGUGUCACAAAACAUUGGUAAUGCUCCUUGGAAUGGAUCCAUCGCUAGUUCCUGAUAAACCACUACCUACUAAUCAUCCACAGGUAACAUUUGCUUAUUGUAAACACAUGUGGGUCGCUGGAAAACGAGAAGAGGCUUAUUGUCAAUUACAAAAAUUUGUCACAUCAUCGUUAACAAAUUCGGGUAAUUCAAUGAUGAAUCAAGAGGAUGAGAAACAUCAAGACGCAAGAAAACGUUUAUUAGCAAGAUGUUAUUUAAAAUUAGGUGAAUGGACCGAAGCAUUACAGGGAAUUAAGGAACAUUCAAUUCCAAUGGUUCUUACUUAUUAUUCAGCGGCAACUGAACACGAUCCAACAUGGUAUAAAGCAUGGCAUUCGUUUGCCUAUACAAAUUAUGAGACUGUUCUCUUUUAUAAACAUCAACAAGGUGAAAUUAUUAAUCAGGAUAAUUCAUCGUCAUCGAAUGGAUCGAGAAAUCUUUGUAGUUCACAAUAUAUUUCUCGUUAUGCUGUACCAGCUGUUGAAGGAUUCUUUCGAUCAAUUAAUUUAUCCCAUGGUAAUUCACUACAAGAUACAUUAAGACUAUUGACACUUUGGUUUGAAUAUGGACAAUGGCCAGAGGUUUAUGACGCAAUUGUUGAGGGUAUUCGAAUGAUUGAAAUAAACACUUGGCUUCAAGUGAUUCCACAGUUGAUUGCACGUAUCGAUACACCAAGAGCACUUGUUGGACGAUGUAUUCAUCAUUUAUUGAUUGAUAUUGGAAAAACUCAUCCACAAGCACUUGUCUAUCCAUUGACGGUGGCAUCAAAAAGUGCAAGUCACGCGAGAAAGACGGCCGCUAAUAAAAUAUUGAAAAAUAUGUGUGAACAUAGUCCCACAUUGGUGCAACAGGCAAUAAUGGCUAGUGAUGAAUUAAUUAGAGUUGCAAUUUUGUGGCAUGAAUUGUGGCACGCGGGUCUUGAGGAAGCAAGUCGAUUAUAUUUUGGUGAGAGAAAUGUAAAGGGUAUGUUUGAUACAUUGGAACCACUUCACGCGAUGCUUGAACGUGGUCCACAAACAUUGAAAGAAACAUCAUUUAAUCAAGCCUAUGGAAGGGAUUUAGUUGAAGCUCAAGAUUGGUGCCAUAGAUUUAAAGCUUCAGGUAAUGUUCGUGAUCUUAAUCAGGCAUGGGAUCUUUAUUAUCAUGUUUUUCGACGUAUAUCACGACAACUUCCACAAUUGACAAGUUUGGAAUUACAAUAUGUGAGUCCAAAACUUUUAUUAUGUCGUGAUCUUGAAUUAGCAGUGCCUGGAAGUUAUCAACCGGGACAGCCAAUUAUAAGGAUCUCGAAUUUUCAUAGUUCUAUGCAAGUUAUUACGAGUAAACAACGACCAAGGAAAUUGUGCAUUAAAGGCAACAACGGUAAGGAUUAUAUGUUCCUUUUGAAGGGACACGAAGAUCUACGACAAGACGAGAGAGUUAUGCAAUUAUUUGGUUUAGUUAAUACAUUAUUGUUACACGAUCCUGAUACUUUUAGAAGAAAUCUUACUAUACAGAGAUACGCUGUGAUACCAUUGUCAACAAAUAGUGGCCUUAUUGGUUGGGUGCCUCAUUGCGAUACAUUACACACUCUUAUUAGAGAUUAUCGAGAGAAAAAGAAAAUUCUUCUCAAUAUUGAACACAGAAUUAUGCUUCGAAUGGCACCAGAUUACGAUCAUCUUAUGCUGAUGCAAAAAGUAGAAGUAUUCGAACAUGCCUUGGAACAUACAAACGGUGAUGAUUUGUCACGUCUUCUUUGGCUAAAAUCACCAUCAAGUGAAGUAUGGUUCGAUCGUAGAACAAAUUACACACGAUCAUUGGCUGUGAUGUCAAUGGUUGGCUAUAUUCUUGGACUUGGUGAUCGUCAUCCAUCGAAUUUGAUGCUCGAUCGAUUGAGUGGAAAAAUUCUUCACAUUGAUUUUGGCGAUUGCUUUGAAGUGGCAAUGACACGUGAGAAAUUCCCAGAGAAAAUUCCAUUCCGUUUGACGAGAAUGUUGAUUAAUGCAAUGGAAGUCACGGGUAUUGAAGGCACUUAUCGAAGAACAUGCGAAUCAGUUAUGUCCGUAUUACAUAGAAAUAAAGACAGUCUUAUGGCCGUUUUAGAAGCAUUUGUUUAUGAUCCAUUGUUAAAUUGGCGACUCAUGGAUAAUACAGUGCCAAAAGUGAAAAGAUCCGAUGCUCAGGGAAUGAGUGCAAGUAGUAGUCAAGAGCGUGGUGAUAUUAUUGAUUCAUUAACUGCAACUUUACCGAAAAAAGGAGCUCCCUGCAGUAUUGAGAAUGGAGGUGAUAGUAAUCAACCAGAAGCUUUAAAUAAAAAGGCGCUUGCAAUCACAAAUAGAGUUAGAGACAAACUCACAGGUCGUGAUUUUUCGCAUGAUCAAAUGUUAAGCGUUCAACGCCAAGUUGAUCUUUUAAUUCAACAGGCAACCAAUAAUGAAAAUCUCUGUCAAUGUUACAUUGGAUGGUGUCCAUUUUGGUAAAAAAAAAAAAAAUUAAAUAAAGAAGAACAAACUUCUUACGAUUAAAAUUAAACGCACUAUCAAUAUUGAUUUUAUUUUGAAACUUGAUCAAAAUGAAGUUCAGUUAUUUUACGAUUUUUGUCAUUGUACUAAUUUGUAAAUAUAUUGCAGUCUUACGCGACGAUUAAAUUUUUUUUUUUUUUUAAUGAUAAUUUUAUUAAUAUUUUACCAGUAAACUGAUAUUGUAAAAAAACGAAAGGUUUUCUGUACUCGUAGAUUGGAUGUAUAAAGAAAAAAAAACAUUUAAAACUUAA